GCGGCUAUGUGGCAGAGCGUGUGAGGCGAGGCGAGGCGAGGCAGGGCAGGACGGGGGGCGGCAGAGUUUUACUACAUAUUCUGCUGACAGCCGUCGCCGCCGCUAUACGACUCGGAGAGUAAGAGCACACGGAGGAGUCGCCGGACGCUCGCGUUGCACCCGUUUUACCUGGAGUGAGAGAAGAAGAGCGACGGAGAGGGCGAGUUCGAGGCGGAUGAGUGCAGCAGCCCCGGGAGGAGGAGGGCAAGUGUGUGGCUGUGGCGGGGCGCAGUUAGCGAAAGAUGAACAAAAACCACCGAGUGCCGAGCAGCCGGAGUCUGAGCGCCGUGGAGGUGAAGAGCAAGUUUGGAGCAGAAUUCAGGCGCUUCUCUCUGGACCGCUCCAAGCCGGGUCGCUUUGACGAGUUCUACGGGCUGCUGCAGCAUGUUCACCGAAUCCCCAAUGUAGACCUGCUGGUGGGCUAUGCUGAUAUCCAUGGAGACCUGCUGCCAAUCAACAAUGAUGAUAACUACCACAAAGCUAUUUCAACAGCAGCACCGCUGCUCCGCCUCUUUCUGCAGAGGAAAGAGGAGGCGGACUACUCCGCAUUCGGAACAGAUUCCUUGACUCGCAAGAAGACUCCAGCAGCACUAGCGGCAGUUCUCCUACGGCCUGAUGCUAACAGAAAGAAACCUCCCAUAAUCAUCAGCCUGCCGAAAGACUUCCGCCCCGUCUCAUCCAUUAUCGACGUGGACAUCCUUCCCGAGACGCACCGGCGUGUGCGUCUCUACAAGCACGGGCAAGAGAAACCUCUGGGCUUCUACAUCCGUGACGGCUCCAGUGUGCGCGUCACACCCCAGGGCCUGGAGAAGGUGCCAGGCAUCUUCAUCUCUCGUCUGGUUCCUGGCGGCCUGGCAGAGAGCACGGGCCUCUUAGCCGUCAACGACGAGGUGCUGGAGGUCAAUGGCAUUGAGGUGGCCGGCAAGUCCCUGGACCAGGUUACAGAUAUGAUGAUCGCCAACAGCCACAAUCUCAUUAUCACUGUAAAGCCGGCCAAUCAACGCAACAAUGUGGUGCGUAACAGCAACAGCGGGGGCGGGGCUGCCUCUGGCAGCUCAGGACGAUCAUCCGACAGCGGGGCCAGUUACUAUAGCUACUCCACGCCAGGUGCUACAGCAAUGACCCCAUCACAUAUCAUUCAGAACUUCCGGCCGGAGGAGGUGGAGAGUGAUGAUGAGGAGGAGGACUUGGUGAUCGAGGCAGGGGGAGAUACGCGGCUCGCCCCUCGGCCAGCGGCGGGGGCCACUGCUAGCUAUAGCAUGCCAACCCUGCCCAGAUACGAGCCCCACCUUAACCUUCGGCCUUCAAAUGGUGCCAUGGCGACCAGUGCUAGCGUGGGGUCUCUGAGCGCCCCGGACAGGGGCUUGGAGAGGAGGAACCUAGAGGAGGACGGCACAGUAAUCACACUGUAGAGACGAGCAAGACAUGGUGGUAUUGAACAUGAACAACACGCACACACAAUGGAGCUGUGCAUACAGAUGACAUUUACUGUAUAUACAGUAUAUUAUAACUCCUAAUGAUACUCUCUCCAGUAGUCAUUCACAAGCACAAUACAUUACAGACAUGCACACCAGGCAAAAAAUUCCACAUGCCAACACCGUCUCUUGUGCCAUAGGACUAUUUUUGCCCGUCUUUACUCCAGGGUCUCUAGUGAAUAAGACCUCCAGCACCUCCAUCAUACAGCACUUGCUAACUACAGGGCUAGCCCCUGUUUUUUCCCUUUUGAGGGCAGCAACUGCACACUUCCCUCCCCAUUUGGGGGCACAAUAAUGAGUAAUAAUGGACUUGACUUGACGAGUGAGAAUGAAUGAUUGCACUGGUCUGCAGGUUCCUCCUGCUUGUGGGACAACGGGGGAGAACAGUUCUCCUGGGCACAUUAUGAAUGACGACAAUCUGCUUUCACCUAGGCAAAUAACUCUUUCUGGAGUCAUGUGACUCCAGAGUCCGAACCAAGAACAAAUUACAGUGACUUACGCUCUUCAUGGUUGCCAUGGUAACUGCUGAAGGCCAGGCUUCUGAGAUUAUACUGUUAGACUAGGAGAGGAGUGUGGAAACCUGUUAUUUCCUAAUGUAUGACGCUAAUUCAACUGUCAAGUUGUUUGCUUUCUGAUGUACUUUUUUAGUAUUUCUCAAGAGAAUUGUUUUUUUUUUGAACAUAGACUAAAUUUAGGAUGCUUUUAAACUCUUGUAUGGGAGGAUAUGAUCUUUCAUGUAGGUUUGAUUGAAAGGCAAAUUCUAGUGUGCUGCACAAAUUAGGACACUGUCCCUGUGCUAAUGCUUUUAAUCAUUGCCAAGAACCUGAUAAGUCAAAUGUUUGUGGUCAUUUUUUUUAACCAUUUAUCCUUAUGACAAGGGCUGGCACACCGAUCUGUGGCAUCUGAUUUAUGUGACCAUGUGUUUUUGUACUUUAUUAUGUGUUUGACACCAUAACCUGAUGCAUUUCAUUUUUACUCUGCACUCAGAGGUGAAAAGGCUGUUUCAUAUAUGAAGAGUGCUCCUUAUGUAUAUUGGGGAGAUGAUACUUGAUAUGACAGGAAUUUAAACCACCUAUCCAUAAACCAUGUGUACACACACACACACACACACACACACACACACACACACACAGCGUAUUGUGCAGAUGUCAAAGAGACGAACCUUCAUUUAUUUCAUUUUCAGUUUUUUUCCCCAAAGAUGAAACCUCCAAAGUCCAGUCAGUCUUAAAAGUUGGUUGCAUUUUCUUAUUAUUAUGAUCUAAGUCAUUUCAAGCAUUCGGUCUGGACUCUGGAGUGACCAGUCUAUUGUUUUAAGAACACCAGCAGCAUCUUCAUUUGAUUUGCAAAUAUAUUUUUUUCUCAAUAACAGCUUCUUGACAGCUAAACUUUCUUUCAGACUCAUAGUGAACGGUCUAUCUGAUGGUUUGUAGUGGUCUACCAACAGUCUUGAAUGAUUGUGAGGACCUCCUUGUCUUAAUCUUUUUUUGAUAAUUAAUUUUUUGACCGGUUUUGGAAACUAUUGAUUUUUCUCUUCAUUUCAUUUGACAUUUGGCUCUUCACUGCAGAUGGCUUGUCUUAUAUCUAAUCAGACCAGUACAGAGAGCUUCCUGAAAAAUGAAAAACUACUUGAAGGGUGGUCUCUGAUGUCUGCACAAUGCUGUGUGUAUUGUGUAUGUAUGAGUAUAUAAAAGCCCAAACACAUUUAUAAUAACCUUGUUAGAGGUGAGCUGCUGCGACGUGUCAAGUGUUGAACGGAACUCUGACCCUCAGCAGAUCACCACCGAGCCUUUUAGCAGUUGCGUAACCGAAGCAGCGUAGAUGUGAUCACGGGCAGCGAUUUGUAGUCCCAUGUGCAGUGGGCACGUUGCUGACCAACUACAUUAUAGCCUUAUCUAAUAGAGAUACACUCAAUAAACGCACCUUCUCUGACCCUCAUACCAAAACACACACACCUGCACUUCCUCUCCACACACCUUUCCAAAAUAUUGUGCGUCUUAGUGCAAGGUGGAGUCUGCCUACCUCUGGGUGGGUGUUGAAGAUUGAUUGUUUCCUGUAACGCCUCUGAAAUGGUAUACAGCUUGUUAACAAUACUAUAGUACUAUUGGUCAACCUCAGCAUAAACAAGGGAAAGGCCUUACUACUCCAAUGCAUUCCUUCAUGUCAUCAUUACUCUGCAUAUCUGCUGCUUUUGCUUAAAAACUUGCAAUGCAACUGUAUGGACUAGAGUUUUGCAAGCCUAAAGGCAACACAGUAAACACUAAAUACACCAUUAAUGGGUGUAAUGAAAUGGUACAGGUUGAAUGUGACCGUGACCGCUGUACUCUUGUCCAGUGUAUCUCCAUCCAUAUUGUAUCAAAGGUAGCUUGACCUUUCUCUAUACGUCUCUCCCCUUCUCGUCCAUCUGUAGGCUAACCCACAGACAUACCUGAUGAGAAUAGCAAACACUGGAUGACUGACCAGAGCCUGAACCAAUCCACUUUCUUCCCUUUUACACAGUCACUUUAAUGAACUCGUAUUAAAACUUGCUUUUACUGGUACAUAAUGCUGUAGUAUGACGAGGUUGUGUUGUAAAGCUCUUAUUCCAAACUGCUCUUUGUUUAAAGCACGAGUGACCUUAUGAAUGGAGUUUUAGAAAAGCAUUGUUAAUUUAUUUUAAUGCUAACCACUACACACAACUUGGGGAUUGUAACCACAGUAAAUGUAUUUAUUUUCUAAUUGACGCAAUAUGUAUUUUUACUGUUAUUUUUUUUUUCUUUCUUGUUUUGGUUAAGCAUACAUCUCAUUAUUUGUGUUUUUCAUAGUGGAUCAUCUCUUCAAACUGAGGUCUCAAAGCAAUUUGUAGCCACUUCAUUGUAGCGGGAGUUAUUGCUCAGAUUUGUCGGGGAGUAUAAAAUGAAGAUUAUAACAUGCUGUUUUCCAUACUGUGAAUUUUAUUUCAUUUCUGGAAGAGACCUGUGUGUGUCCGAGACCACCAUACUAAUGGGCUUUUAAACCUUUUUGUGUAAACUACUUUUUUCUUUUUUCUUUUUUUUCUUUUUUUUUGAUAAUGAGCAAUGAUUUUUUUUGCUUGCUAGAUAAAUCCUAAGGUAUAGAUUUGUACUGAAAUGAUCAGUAUUUUCUUAUCAAUGCUAUAUGAUGUAAAUUUGUAUCACAUUUAAUGAAACUGUUUUAAAAUACUAUAUUAAGACAUAGGUGCACACGUAUACAUAGUCUCCAAGCUGGAUGAAAUAAACUAAUAUGUAGAAAAUCUGAA